AUAAUUAUCCAUAAUAAAAUCUUUCUCCUCUUCUUUCACUUUCAUUUCUUGAAUUUCUACAAAUUCUACAGAAAAACCCAUUUCUUUUUUCUUUCUAUUGAAACAUUUCAAAGAAAGUGACCAAUUUCAUAUUUAUGGCUCCAAGCAAGAUUAGAAGGGCUUUAGGAGCAGUGAAGGACAAGACGAGCAUAGGCCUUGCCAAAGUUGGCAGCAGCACCUCAUUGUCGGAUCUUGAAGUCGCGAUUGUGAAGGCCACGAGACACGAAGAGUACCCAGCGGAGGAGCGCCACAUUCGAGAGAUUUUGAGCCUAACAUGUUAUUCAAGAGCGUAUAUAAGCGCGUGCGUCAACACCCUCUCGAGGAGGCUCAACAAGACCAAGAAUUGGACCGUCGCGCUCAAGACGCUCAUGCUGAUCCAACGCUUGGUGUUGGAAGGUGACCCUGCGUACGAGCAAGAGAUCUUCUUUUCAACCAGGCGUGGAACGAGGUUCCUCAACAUGUCAGAUUUUAGAGACGUCUCUCAAUCAGACUCUUGGGAUUACUCGGCAUUUGUUCGCACUUACGCAUUGUACCUCGAUGAAAGGCUCGAGUAUCGCAUGCAAAGUCGACGUGGGAAACGCAGCGCAUUUGGAAUAGAGGAUGAAGAAGAACAAAACAAUCAAAACAACAUCAACAACAUCGACACUAACAAUAACAACAACAGCCAAGCCAUUGUUGUAAGAGCCGCACCGGUACAAGAAAUGACAACUGAACAAAUAUUCUCAAAGACACAGCAUCUACAACAGCUUCUCGAACGCUUUUUGGCUUGUCGUCCUACAGGCGCUGCAAAGAACAAUAGAGUGGUGUUGGUGGCAUUGUAUCCAGUUGUGAAGGAAAGUUUCCAAAUAUAUUAUGACAUAACUGAAAUAAUGGGGAUUCUAAUCGAUCGUUUCAUGGAGCUGAACAUCCCCGAUUGCGUCAAAGUGUACGAGAUCUUUUGUCGUGUCGGGAAGCAGUUUGACGAGCUAGAUCAACUGUAUUCCUGGUGCAAAACCAUUGGAAUCGCUCGCUCUUCCGAGUACCCUGAAGUCGAGAAAAUAACUCCAAAGAAACUCGAAGUGAUGGACGAUUUCAUCAAAGACAAGUCCGCCUUGGCCCAGUGCAACAGGGACAGACCCAACAAGCCCCUCCAGCUCCAAAUCACAGAACAAGAAGAAGAAGACUCAAAACAAGAACAAGAACCAGAAGAUCAAGACAUGAACGCCAUUAAAGCUCUUCCCCCACCUGAGGAUUUCAAGCCUGAACAAGAACCAGCAGCCAUUGAAGUGAAGGAGGAGAGUGAACCAAAGGAAGACGAGAAGAAGAAGGAUGAGAAUCCAAUGAUGUGUGAUCUGUUGAACUUGGGAGAAGAUCAUGCCAUAAUGAGAGAGGAGAAUGCUGAUAAAUUGGCGUUGGCAUUGUUCGAUGGAAGUGGGCCAAAAGUUGAGGCUUUGCCAGCGCCAACAUGGCAGGCCUUUAAUGAGGAAACUUCAGAUUGGGAGACUGCGUUGGUUCAAUCAGCAAGCAAUUUGAGCCAUCAAAGGGCUGAACUUGGGGGUGGAUUCGACAUGCUGCUUCUGGAUGGGAUGUAUAAGCAGCCCACAGUAGUCACAGGAGUGGGCAGCUCAGGGAGUGCCAGCAGCAUGGCUCUUGGGUCUGCAGGAAGGCCUGCCAUGCUUGCCUUGCCGGCCCCUCCGCCUCCGGGAGAAGGCGGCGCUUCGAGUUCCUCGAGCGACCCUUUUGCGGCAUCGGUGGCGGUGGCGCCGCCAUCGUACGUCCAGAUGUCGGAAAUGGAGAGGAAGCAGAAGCUGUUGGUGGAGGAGCAGCUGAUGUGGCAGCAAUAUGCGAGGGAUGGGAGGCAAAUACAGCACAACCCUUAUGCAGGAGGAUUCACACACAGUUAUUAGGGUUUUUGAUGGUUUGGUUUGGUUUUUAAUAUCCUAACUGAUCACUUUGUAAUUCUAUGCCUCUUUUAUUAGUACUUUUCUUUUCCUACUCUUUUCAUUGUAAUUUCUCCACAUUGCUUUUUUUUUUCUUACUUGGCAAAGGAACCAACAAUGUGUCUAUGUGCUGUUACUUUUG